AAGCGCCGGAAGUGGGAGCGGCCAAAGAUGGCGGCUGCGGAGUUGGCGGCGCUGCCGGAGUUGGUGGUGCUGCGGAUCCUGGAGCUGCUGCCUCUGCGGGAUCGGCUGCGGGCGGCCAGCGUCUGCCGCCGUUGGAAGCGGAUCGCAGAGAACGGGGCGCUGUGGACUGAGGUGGAUCUGACCCCACACAAGCUCAGCUGCAGGACACUCUGGCACGCACUUCGGCACUGUCUCCGCCCCAACCUCCUCACACUGCGUCUCCGUGGCACUCUGCGUACCACCAGCAGACACCGCCUGCUAUCCCCAGCUCUGCUCUCUGCCCUGACCACGCGCUGCCCCCACCUCCAACACCUCUCCCUGACCGAAGCCGACCUCCAUACCAUACCUUACAACAGCCUUCCCCCAUCCCUCACCACUCUGGAGCUGUGCUGCUGUGAGAUCCCCUCGCUGUGGUUCUUUGGAUCCGAUGCCCCGCGCCUGCAGCACCUCGAGCUCCACAACGUCCCCGCUUUCUCCGACCGCCACCUCCUGAACGUCUCCUCCCACAGCCACCUGAGGACACUGAGCCUUUUGGGGACGUACCGUGUGACGGACGUGGGGAUGGAGAGGGCAGCCCCACACCUGGAGGGGUUGGAACACCUGGAGCUGCAGCACUGCGUCCUGACGGACUCAGCCCUUCACUUCAUCGCCCGUCACAUGAAACGACUUCGUGUCCUGGAGAUCACCUCCAUUCCCCACCUGACAGAUUUGGGGUUGGCUUCCUUAGCAGCUCUGGAGCACCUGGAGGUGCUGCACCUGGAUCUGUACAACAAAUUCUCCCUCCGUGCUGUCACUGCGUUGUGCCGAGCGCUGCCCCGGCUGCGGAGCCUCACGUUGGAUGGGGUUCACUCUGAGGAUGAAACCAUGGGUGAAAUUCGGGUGGUUGUGCCCCGCUGCAGCUUCACACCCCCUCCCCGACCCCAGGCUUAAAUCCAGGCCAGAACUGCAGCACGAGGCCUUCACUUCAUCCCUUCCUGAGGUGCUGCUUUAUGGGGGAAGGCCUUUUCCACCUCUUUUUGGAGGAGAUUUGGAGGAGGACCGCAGCAGUCAUGAGCUGCACCGCAGGGUUGGUCACCAACUGGGAUUGCUCUUAUAGCACGGAUUAGGAAAGAUGGUGAGCACCCAAUUUGGGCUCUUGAGCGAGCAGGGGGAGGGCGGGUGGAACUGAUGGUGUCUUUGGGACCAAAAUGAAACCUUUCUCUGCUCAUCUUCCUCCAGCUGAGCUCCGGACCUCCAGUUAAUGCCUGACUGGGAUUGCAUCAUUGAACAACAAGUGGAAGAGCUGGGGCGAUCUGCCCUGCUUGGUGUUGUCACGGUCCAGCUGUUGCAUCACCUCUUCCUUCCCUUCACCUUUUGGUGUCAGAAGGGAUAUUUUUGGUCCGAAAUGUUCAGUCCCCAAUGCAGGUGUUGCUCCUCGGAGCGGCUGCGUUGCGUUGUCGCGGUGUCGUUAUCGCAGCUGUAGUGUUGUGAGGUUGUCUGGAGGACCCAAACCUAUCAGAUAUUGUAUGCGUUAAAUAAAAAAUGCACCUACUUAA